AUGAUGAAUAACGAAAAAAAAAUCACUUCGAGGGUCUCCUACGAUGAGGAGCUGGUUAUCUCCAUCAACAGGAACUACAUCAGCCUGGGCGCUCAGGACUUUCACGAUAAAAUUGAUGUGGAUAAGUAUGGUACAACACAGCGUAAGUUGAAUUCUCGUCAUGUUUCCCUUAUGAUUAUUGGUCAGUCUAUUGGUACUGGUCUUUACGUUGGUUUGAAAGGCCCGCUUAUGACCUCGGGCUCUUUAUCUUUAUUUUUGGGUUUUUUAAUUUGGGCUGUUACCAUGAUUUGGCCCCUUAUGCUUGCUACUGGUGAAAUGUGUUCCUACUUACCAAUCAAGGGUACCUUCUUGCAUUUUGCUUCGAGAUGGCUCGAUCCGGCUUUGGGUUUUGCAACCACAUUGAUUUAUUUAUAUACCACUCUCAUGUUCAUUUGUGUUGAAGCUGUUGCAUUUGCAUCCGUUGCUGGCUAUUGGACAGAUGCUUCGCCUGCUAUUUUCAUUUCCGUUUGUUUGGCAACCAUUUUAUUUUUUAAUGUUUUUGGUGUCAACUGGUAUGGUGAAGUGGAAUUUUUUUCUUCCAUGCUUAAGGUCAUUCUCAUUAUUGGUCUUAUGUUUUUCGGUCUUAUUACCAUGUGUGGUGCUAACCCAAAGGGAGACGCAUACGGUUUCAGAAACUGGCCUAAAGGUGGUCUUUUCAAGGAAUAUCUCGUCGAGGGUAACACUGGUAAAUUUUUGGGUUUCUGGAACGUCUUGAUUUACGCUGCUUUUGCUUGUGCCGGUCCAGAUAUGUUGGGUAUGGUCUCAGGUGAAAUUUCUAGACCAAGAAAGAAUAUUGCCAUGGCCGCUAAGAGAACUUACAUUCGUAUCUUCUUGUUUUACGUUGGCGGUAUUUUCUUCAUGAACUCCAUGUGCGCUUCUAACAACCCUGACCUUCUUGCUGCUGAUGCCGCUGGCCAUGACGGUGCUGCUGCAUCUCCAUGGGUCAUUGGUAUUAAGUCUGUUGGUGUUAGCGGUCUCGACUCUGUUGUCAAUGCAGUCGUCAUGACGUCUGCUUGGUCUUGUGGUAACGGUUUCACUUAUGGUGCUGCCAGAAGUGCCUACUCUGCCUCGUUGGCCGGUUACUUGCCAAGAUUCUUCUCUUACUGUUUGAAGAAUGGUUGUCCAAUUGUUGCUGUGCUCUUUUCCUUGUCUAUUGGAUGUCUCUCAUACAUGAGUGUUUCCAAGUCUUCCGCAGUUGUUUUGGACUGGUUUAUUAACUUGGCCACCACUGGUCUUCUUUGUACCUACUGUGUCAUGUGGGCAUGCUACUUCAAGUUUAAGAAGAUUGUUGCUGUUCAACAAACCGACCAUGGUGAUGAGAAGUACUACAAGAUGAACAAGAUCUUCUACCCUUGGUUGACCUACUGGGCUGCUUUGUUCACCGGCUUGGUGCUUUUCUUCAACGGUUUCUGGAUUUUCUUCCCAGGUAAGUUUACCGUUGGUAACUUGUUCACCUCAUACUUUGCACCAGUCUUCUUUGGUAUCUUGGUGGUCUUCUACAAGUUCUGGAAGAAGACUAAGUGGAGAUCAGCCGAAGAAGCCGAUAUUAUCACCGGUAAAGCUGAAAUUGACGAUGAAGAGGAUGCCGAGAUUGAAGAGGAGAUGCGCCAUCCUAGAAAGGAGGGUUUCUUGUGGAAGUGCUGGUACAAGUUCUCCGACUUCUGUUUCAAUUAA